AUGAGCCGCGCCGGGAGCUGGGACAUGGACGGGCUGCGGGCGGACGGCGGGGCCGGCGGGGCGGCCCCGGCCUCCUCGUCCUCCUCCUCCUCUGUGGCGGCAGCGGCGCCGGGCCAGUGUCGCGGCUUCCUCUCGGCGCCAGUGUUCGCCGGCACACACUCUGGGCGCGCUGCGGCCGCGGCGGCGGCGGCGGCCGCGGCGGCGGCGGCGGCUUCAGGCUUCGCGUACCCCGGAACCUCUGAGCGCGCGGGCUCUGCCUCGUCGUCGUCAUCUUCGGCGGUGGUCGCGGCGCGCCCGGAGGCUCCCUCCGCCAAAGAGUGCCCGGCGCCCGGCGCAGCCGCUGCAGCGCCCCCGGGCGCCCCGGCCCUGGGUUACGGCUACCACUUCGGCAACGGCUACUAUAGCUGCCGCAUGUCGCACGGCGUGGGCUUACAGCAGAAUGCUCUCAAGUCGUCGCCGCACGCCUCGCUGGGCGGCUUCCCGGUGGAGAAGUACAUGGACGUGUCGGGCCUGGCAAGCAGCAGCGUACCAGCCAACGAGGUGCCCGCGCGAGCCAAGGAGGUGUCUUUCUACCAGGGCUACACGAGCCCCUACCAGCAUGUGCCCGGCUACAUCGACAUGGUGUCUACCUUCGGCUCCGGGGAGCCUCGGCAUGAGGCGUACAUCUCCAUGGAAGGCUACCAGUCUUGGACGCUGGCCAACGGGUGGAACGGCCAGGUGUACUGCGCCAAGGACCAGCCACAGGGCUCUCACUUUUGGAAGUCAUCCUUUCCAGGGGAUGUGGCUCUGAAUCAGCCAGACAUGUGUGUCUACCGUCGAGGGAGAAAGAAGAGGGUGCCCUACACCAAACUGCAGCUCAAAGAACUGGAGAAUGAGUACGCCGUUAACAAGUUCAUUAACAAGGACAAGCGGCGGCGAAUCUCGGCUGCCACGAACCUAUCCGAGAGACAAGUGACCAUUUGGUUUCAGAACCGAAGAGUGAAAGACAAGAAAAUCGUCUCCAAGCUCAAAGAUACUGUCUCCUGAUGUGGGCCAGAUUGGCCAGA